AUGGAUGAGGUCGAGCAGGACAAGGAUGAGCCGGAGCCCUCCUACGCGCCCAUCCACCCGGGGCGGCGGCGUGGCGCAGGGGGGCGGCGGCAGCCGCGGCAGCGCACGGAUCGGGAUGGGAAGGGGCUCACUGGGGGCUCGAGGCAGGACGGCGAUGAGGCCGGUGACGAGGACGACGACGAGGCCGGCGACGAUGACGGCGACGAGGACGACGGGCUCGUGGGUAAGGGGUUACGCGCGCGACGAGGGCUCAGGGAGGAGCGGCUCGGGGGCGGCGAUGGCGACGGCGAGGACGACGUCGAUGGCGGGGGGGCGUGGGCCCUGGCUAUCAUAGGGCCAACGGCGAAUCGGGUUGACGGGCGUGCGGGCGCACGGGUGUGGUGCCCGUGCCCGAGUCCGACCACAGGCGCGGCCGUGGAGAGGCCGGCCGGCCGGAGCGCGCGGGCUCCAGAGGCGCGGGCGGCAGAGGACAGCAGUGGCGACGCGGGGACAAAGGUGGGGCGCGUCCCCAAGCGACGUGCGCGGGCGCUGGGGAGGAGGGCGCGCACGCGGGAGGGCAACUCCGGCGGGCGCGGGCGCUAG